AAGAUGGAAGCAAACGCAGCAAGCUCAGUGGAAAGACUGAAACCGAUGAGCAAAAGCUGAGAGGAAGAAACCCACAGCGUUCAUUGCUUCCAAAGACACAGACAGAACAGGUCAAGAUAUUGUGGAAGAAGCAACCUUCUGAGGGAGUAGUUUCUGUUUUGAACACAAAGAAAGACACCUCAGUAUUACGCCUGAGAGAAUUCCAGACCCUGUCAAAAUCAGAGUGGCUCAUGGGAGAGACAAUUGAUUAUUAUAUUCAAGUCAUCAUGAAGCAGUGUUCUCAGGACAACAUCCUAUACAUUAACCACUACACAAUGCAUGUGAUCCUGAAUGGCUCACCUGAACAGAAAAGUGGAUUUACCAUGCGAGGCACAGACUUCAACAAAGUUCAAGGGGCCAUUGGUUUUGUCAAUGAAAGACAGCACUGGAAACUUGUGUACCUACAUACCAUCUCAAAGAAAAUCUUCACCCUUGAUCCACUGGUGCUGAUGGAUGUUGAUAUGGUGCAGCGGGCCAUUGAUGCCUUCAGUCGGUUCUUUAAGAUGAGGAGGAACCGUCUCGGCAAACAGGAAUGGACUGACAUAAAAUGGAUGCCUGGGGCUAUACAGCACUCAACACAGAAGGAUGGGUCUAGCUGUGGUGUCUUUGUAAUGCAGAUGGCAAGACACAUCAUUGAGGACUUUCCUCAGGUUCCAGAUAAAAUCUCAAUCAAAGGCACAUACAGCGCAGUCCAGGCCUACCGCAUAGAGAUGGCAUGCAAAAUACUUGAUGCAUCAGAACCAUUGAACCAGUUUUGUUCAUACUGUGGUAUGACAAAAUUGGGCAAAUUCAAAGAGGAACCUGAGUGGAUGGGCUGUGAUGAAUGUGUGCGUUGGUACCAUAGGAAAUGCACAAAAAUGUCCCAAAAAGAAUACCAAAUGUGCAUUGAAAAGCAUUGGAAAUGUGAAUAUUGCUGAAUGAUAGAGGUCUCACACGGGGCUGUUAAGGCUGUUAAUUUGAGGUUUGUUUGGACGGUUCCAGUUCCUACCUAUUAUCGAUUGUUAAUGAUCCAGUGCAUACUUGCAUAGUUGAAUGGGCUGUUUCCCAAAGUAAGAGCUUUGUAACUUUGGGGAUUAUGUCUGACAUAUUAGAGGUGAUUGUCUGUCCAUAUAUUCAGAAAUGACAAAAGUAUUGAAAUAACAACCUAUCAAUCUGUAUUUGUUACAAAACAUAUCACUGAUAUUAAUGAGGUAUUUAGAAAAACACAGAGUUAAACUGUCUGAGAAAUGUAAGAGGUGAUUUUGUUGUCAGUAAAUUCAAGAAUGAAAAACCUAU